UCUUCUCGCGCCAAGGUCUAAACAACAUGGCCAAGAACUAUUACAAUAUACUCGGCGUCAGCAAGACCGCAAGCGAUGAAGAAAUCAAGAAAGCCUAUCGGAAGCUGGCGCUCAAAUACCACCCGGACAAGAACAAAUCCUCGGAGGCGGAAGAACGGUUCAAGGAAAUCAACGAAGCCUACGAGGUACUCAGCGACAAGCGGAAACGACAUGUCCACGACUCGAUCACUGAGGGCCAUUUCCACGGAAACAGCGGCGACAGCGGGCAAGCCAGCAGCACAUGCAGCUUCUCCUACAGCAACUACAACAGCGGCGUAGGAGGCUGGCAGAACAGCACGCCCUUCGGCACCACAUUCUACGCAAGCAAUGGGACAACGUUUCAGCCAUACGUCCACGCAGGCGGAAUCUACUGGCAGAACUUGGGACCAGCAGGCUUUUACGCUCAGCCCUUCGCCACCGGAAGCAAGACGGCGUUUUGCUUCCAGCCCACAGCGCCACAAAGCGGCGAACCCUGGCAACCUAGGCCCCAGGCGUCGGGGUCCGGUUCGUCCGAAGCCUCCAGGGAAACCUCUUCCAGCAGGAAGCCAUUUCCUGGAACGCCGGACGGGGACAAGAAGGAUGCGGCCAUAGAGCGGGAUCUCUACGUCACCCUGGAGGAGCUUCUUCGUGGUAGCACCAGGAAGUUCAAGGUCACGAGGACAGUGAGAAGUCCUGAUGGCAGCGAGCAGCGCCAGGAGAAAGUCCUCUCGGUUGCAGUGAAGCCCGGCAUGGCAGCGGGAACCAGGAUAAUGUUCGAGCGCGAAGGAGACCAGGUGCCCGGACGCGUGCCAGCCGACAUCGUGUUUGUAGUACGCGACCAAGUACACCCGCUUUUCAAGAGAGCCGGAGUGGACAUUCAUUACACGGCGAAGGUGGCCGCUCAGCAGGGUAAGUGGCGAGCAAAAGUGGACGUGCCUACGCUGACCAAGGGCAAGAUUUCCCUUUCGCUCACGGAAGCCAUCAAGUCGGGCGACGUCUGGCGCAUCGUGGGUGAGGGGCUGCCUUAUCCAGUUGACCCGAGGCAGCGCGGUGACCUUGUCGUCACCUUCAACGUCCAAUCGUAGGCCGGUCGCAGCGGGCACGGAAACAACCUUCUGGUGCUUAAAUAAUUGAAGCGAAGCAGAGGACGUUCCAGAACAAUGUUUUGAAACCGUGUUUGGCGAAACUGCGACUUGAUAAACAAAUAUAUUACUUUUUUUUGUAUUCGGCGAGUGUAGGGAUGUAUGCGUAGGCAAAAUUAGGCGUAAAUAAUUUAUUCUUGCGUGUUAGCUGAUGCCGUGGCUUCUUUAGACUGGGCGAAUAAGUACCCUAGCUCCGGCGUAGGCAGCAAAAUUAAAAGCGAUUGUUUCACAUUGUA